GUACCGCCUCUCAAGCUGAGCAAUCAUACAGCUAGAUACAUUAAGGAAGAUAUACAGUAGGAGUUUUAACUUGGGAGAAUACAUCUGGUGCGCAAAUGGUUCAUUCCUUGAUCCCGAAAUGAGGCUUCCACACACUGCAGCUGGUGCGAGGCGGCGCACCCCGGAAUCCCACACCGCCUCGGUAAAGAUGCGCAUUAUGGAUUCUGUCGAUUUUCAUGCACAAGCCCUUGCUAGACAUCUUACACAUCGCCAGCAAUUCUAUCUGAUAUAUCCCACACGGGAUGAAAAUUACUAAUAAUUGGUUGUUUAUUAAGUAUCCAGUACUAUGUACAAUCCGGCUACAACGGCCCUGAGAUCCAAAAGACCCCAGCCUGAAGAAUUGAAAUAAUGAAUGAUGAAUAUAAAUAAAGGAUAGAUCUCUGCAGUAGCCCAGGUUGCAAGCAACACCUAAAAUAUCAAGAACAUCCCACUAGCUAGGAACCCCUUUAAAUGGGAGACCUUAUCAUUGAGUGGGAGGCCUCCCACCUAGUCGUAAUCGUCCGCCAAAAAGUACCGUAAUCUGUGAGGUCCUGGUUUGAUUUUAUGCUUAACAACCUUUAAACUAUUAGCCAUUUGUUUGCAAAUCAAGUAAUUGAAAUACAUUGUUACUUCUGCAGUAAAUACCGCCACGAAGGGACUGGCCACGAACACCAUUAGAGCACCUGCUGUGUUAACUAUGAGGGUGUACCAAAAACUUACAAAAAAAGCUAUCAUUGUGUUGUUUAGUAAAGACACCCUCGAUGAUAGUCCAAUUAAUAUAUUA